GCAGCGGCCCUCGGGGAAGACAGAUGGGGUGAGAGACAGCGCCCGGUCCGGCUGUCAGCGCGCCGCAGCCCCGCCGCGGAGGGAGCCCCUCCUCCCCGCCGUGUGCGCCGCGCUCCCGGCCGGGGAACCAUGGCGUCCAGCGAGGAGGACGGAGGCGGCAACGGCGCGGUGGAGGAGAAGGAGAACGGCAAGAAGAAGAAGAAGCUGGGCGCCCUGGCCACGACAUGGCUCAUCUUCUACAACGUCGCCAUGACCGCGGGGUGGCUGGUAUUAGGUAUUGCCAUGGUGCGGUUUUAUAUACAGAAAGGAACACAUAGAGGCUUAUUCAGAAGCGUUCAAAAGACGCUUAAAUUUUUCCAGACAUUUGCUUUGCUUGAGGUAAUCCACUGUGCAGUUGGAAUAGUUCGCACAUCUGUGCUUGUGACUGGGGUCCAAGUGAGUUCAAGAAUCUUCAUGGUGUGGUUCAUUGCACACAGUAUAAAACAGAUCCAGAAUGAGGAGAGCGUUAUUCUUUUUCUGGUCGUAUGGACUGUGACAGAGAUUACUCGAUAUUCCUUCUACACAUUCAACCUGCUCAACCAUUUGCCAUACUUCAUUAAAUGGGCCAGAUACAACUUUUUUAUCAUUUUGUAUCCUGCUGGAGUUGCAGGCGAACUGCUAACCAUAUAUGCUGCUUUACCCUACGUGAAGAAAACAGGAAUGUUUUCACUGAGACUUCCCAACAAAUACAACGUCUCCUUUGACUACUAUUACUUCCUUAUUAUUGUCAUGUUCUCCUAUGUGCCAUUAUUUCCACAGCUCUACUUCCACAUGCUGCGGCAGAGAAGAAGGGUGCUUCAUGGAGAAGUGAUUGUGGAAAAGGACGAUUGAAUCAAGCUGUGCAACCAUGGUGCUUUCAGUGGAAAGGAAAAGAAGAGAGGGUAAAAACCCAAAACUUCCUCUGAUUUUUCUGAGUCCAAGUUUUAAAACAUGGAACAAGAAUAAACAACUGUGCCUGUGCCUGUGGACUGUAUUAUUUUUGCAAUUAAUAUAUUUUGAGACCUACCUUUUCAUCCUCAGAUUCACUUCAGUUUUUAAUUGUUAAUUUUUUCAAAGAAAUAUUUUAUUAUUUUCAAUAGGUUGAUGAGUAGCUUUAAGAAUUAGAAUAGUUGGCUACUGUGCCUUCUGUUCUGAAAGUUCUGUUAUGAUCUGUAGUCAUUACUAAGGACAGAAGAAGAGUUGAUAAGUUGUACUGAUAGUGAGUCUUCUGGAAAUCGGAGUGUAAAUUAGGCAAUGAUGUUUUUCAUAGACUAGGUGAAUUGAAUGGUAUUUAAGCUUUAUAUUAAGUAAUACCUUUCCACUUAUAAGUACUGUAGCACAUUGUUUAACAUUUUUUGAAUUACAGUAUCACAUACAGAAUUCCAGAAGGACUUUUGAAAAGAGUGGAAUUCUUGAUUGUCAGUGCAAAUUUAGACCUCCCUGUAUUUUCAUUUGUAACUUUAAAGAAACUUAGGGUAAUAGAUAUAAUAUUAACUGGUUAAAAUUUGUGCUGAGGAGAAGAUAGGAUGUGCCUACCUUUCUCUAAUCAGUGACUGGAAUGGGACUCCUUUGCAGAGUAAAGCUGAUUGUCAGCAUGUUUCCUAUUCUACAUUUAAAUUAUAUAUACAGAAAAAUCAGUAUUGCAUUGAAAAUCUGUAGCUAUGGUGAGAUAUUUGACUUCUUUUCAAUAGCUCGGUGGGAUAAAAUAUAUUUUAAAUAGCACCUAAAAAUAUAAAUUGUGCUUUUAUUCAUCCCAUUGGGCAAUUUUAAUUGCUCCCUCCCCAUUAAUUGUCUAUACUGUGUUGACCUAAUUCUAUUUCAUGUCUUCAAUAAUCUACAGGUAGGAUCUACAGUAUAUUGAUAGAAGUUACAGAUGAUAUUACACUAUAUGAUACUUGAGUGGGAGAGGUCCAACAAAUUAGAAGAUUUUGAUCUAAGAGUCUAGCAGAUGCAGAGAAAAGGUGAUGCAUUUGAGGAAACUUGGAUACUUAGUGAGAGAGAGAAGAUCGAAAUGUAGUAAUGUGGUACGAAGCCUUGAAAAUGUAGGCAGCAAACCUGUCUUGUUUCUGGCUUCACUGAUGUCAAAAGAAGUGUAUACAUAUGUGGGAGAGCUGCAUCAGGCAGCUGUAAAUCAGAAUACUUGUGGUUGCUGAGGUAGUUUCUGGAGUACAGUCUUAUAUUUUGGCUGCCUCAGGGAUGAAGUAUUGGAUAAUCUUCUGAAAGCUCAGAGAACAAUAACAAAACUCGUUGAAGUGAGAAAGAAGUCGGAAAGAUUGAGUUGCUAAUAUGUGUAAUUCUUUGUUCUAUGAUAAAUACAUGGAAGAGCUUUUCUAAGUAUGCAGGUAGCUAUGAUGAAUUUGGAACAAGGUAAAGAACCGAUGAAUAUCAGAAGAAAGAUCCUACUGAUGAGAUCAAUUACAGAAUGACACAGUAGUGCUUAUCAAUGCAUGCAGUGUCUUGGAAGGGUUUCAGUUAAAGUUGGCAAGAGACUGAACUACAUAUUUGAAUAGGCAGUUUCCAUUUUUAGCUUCAAUGAUACAGCUUUUUUGAAAUUUGUAGAUAUGCCAGAAUAAGGUGUAUCAAGUAAUUUAAUAAAAAAGCAAGGAUUUGCUAUAUCCCUAACUUUUAAAUUCCAUGCUGUGACUUGGAUUGUGAUAUUUAUGUAUGUCUUCAUUACACGUAAAUGAGUUUCCUUUUAUGUGACAGGUGGAUAGUGGACUUGAGACAGAACAGUUGUAUUUCUUUAAAUUUUAAAAGGUGUAAUAUUUAUAUUCCUUAAAUUUCACACAAGGUGCUCUAAUUUAACUUAUUACUUCUGUUUUAUAUGCAGCUAAAGUUAUUAAAAGUUUAAAAUAUAAAUUACAUUUACAACACUGAAUCACAAAAUGGUUGUGUUACAUGUGUUCAGACUAUCAGUUGCAUGUGUCCAACAUUCUUUCAGUACUGUUUUAUAAACUAUGAGGAACUAUAGUGGCAGUUUUGGGAAAUAUAUCUCCAUUAGCAAAUGGAAUAGUGUGAUGAAAUAUGAAAAACUAAGAUUAGAUUAAAUUCUGUGUCUCUUUUUACUGUCAGGGCAGCUCACUGAAGACCACAGCUAUCAAUUAAUUGAAAAUGCAUUGGAUACUUAAUGGUGUGAUUUUGAAAUCCUUAUCAGAUGAAUGUAUCCUGUAGAUAGUAUUCUUUCUAAAAGGAAUACUUGCACUAUAAAAGUGUAUUAUAUUUGUUUGCAUUGUGGCCUAAGGAUAUUAUCAUAUGUUAAUCAAGGACCUAUUUUUAUAUCCUUUUGUACAUGUGAAAUGAAAAAAAAAAACCCACACUGUUUGCUACAAUCUUGGGUUGCACUUCCAUAAAGUAACAAUGUACAAGGUAAUGAUACAAUUUCAAACUAGAUUUACAGCUACAAAAUAGUGUUGCUAAGGAAUGACUUAAUUAAAGUAAAACUAAAAAUUACUUACAGUAUCACAUUCAAUGCUUAAUUGACCAGAGAGAUUGCCAUGUAGAUUAGUUUACAUGGCAUUUACCUAAAAAAAGUAAGCAACAUGUUCUUUUCUUCCUCCUGUUUUUUUACUGAAACCUUUCACUGAAGCCUUCUUUUCACAGAAUCAGUAAGGUUGGAAAAGACCUCUAAGGUCACCAAGUCCAACCUUUGACUGAACACCACCACAUCAACUAGACUAUAGCACUAAGUGCCAUGUCCAGCUGCUUCUUGAAUGCUUCCAGGGAUGGUGACUCCACCACCUCCCUGGGGAGCCAGUUCCAAUGCCUGACCAGCCUUUCCAUGGAGAAAUUCUUCCUGAUGUCCAACCUGAACCUCCCCUGACACAACUUGAGGCUUUUUCCUCUUGUCUGGUUGCUAUUCUGUUAGCAUAUCUUCUGCAAUGUAGUGAGAAUUGCAGGUAAAAUCUUCUUGCUAUUGACUUCAGAUGAGGUAGGAUUUUAUCCUAGGUAGCUAUAUUUAAAUUUCAACAUACCAUCUUGAAACAUUUAAUUAACCUGUUAAAUGGACAUUAAAACUUAAGUAUGAUUUUCAUAUGGUGCUCUCUUUCCAACUUCUUUUUUACAUCUGUCUUUUUUGUCUUCCUCUCUGCAAUAUUCCUAGUUUUCUAAAGCAUUUAAAUUCUCUUGCUUAUGUAAGAUUAGGAAUGUAUUCAAACAUCAGCAUCUCUAAUGUUUUCAUGUAGUCUUUUACAAAUUGUCCUUAUAAAGAUAUUUUCUUACUUGUUCUAUAUAUGCCUUCUGAAAUGAAUUCAUAUAGAGCAUGGCUUUAUGAAACUUUUUGACUAGCAAUAUGUAGAAAUAGGGAGAUUCCUUUUAAUCAGGUGACUUUUCCUGCUAUUGGUAGAAACAGAAACCAUCUUUUGUAUAAACUCUACCUAAAAGCAGUUGGAUUUCUUGAGGUUCUCCCCAGCACUCACAUACUGUGAAAAGCUGUUUUGGGACAGAUUGGGUUGUUUCACAGCUCAGCCCAGAAUGUUUGCAGGUCAGAUCCCAGUUUCAGGGCAUGGGCAGCAGCAAGGAAGAUGGUGCUGAGGUAUUGCAUCUUCUGCAUUAUCUGGCGAGGGGUCACUGAGGCCAUGGUGAGCAGUAGUUGACAGAUGUAAUUUCUCCCACCCUGCAGGAUGUGAGAUGAGAGGAAUCUCAGUGUGCUGUCAUUGCCACCUGCUGAGGGAGCCCAGGGGAUCAGCCAGGAGGAUCUCUGUGCACAAAGGGUGUUUUAUAGAGAGGGCUUUCUCACUCCACUCAGCUAUGGUUUGCUAUCUAUUAUUAGCCUACAUGUCUUGAGAUAUACAGGUCUGCCAGGAUGGGUAUGGCACACCAAUCUCAACAGUGCAGUUCAACAUAAACUGCCUUGGAGAAAUGGUGCAGGGUGCUGUUUCUCAUUCCCAUUGAACAUAACAUUUAGCCAGGUUCAUGUUCAUGGAUAGAUUGCAAGUCUAGUUAACAGGGAGAUGCAUGGAGACCUUUUCUGUGACCAGACUGAAAUAUGUACAUUUUAAAUCUAGGUCUAGAUACUGCUUUGAUUGUGGUACUCUCAGUCUUCACAGUAGCUGACUUCAGUGGAUGUUUGGAUAUGUAUAUGGUUACUGAAUAAACCAGAGUGAAACCAAUUCACAAUUGUUAUAAUAAUUCAUAAUUUUAAAUUAGUUUAAAUGAUAUUAACAGUUUUUGAAUCGAGCUCUUGCUUAAUCUGCCUUAGAAAGAAAAAAGAAAGGAAAGUUAAUACAAAUAAAUGUUCUGCACUAGGCAGUAGGGCUUCAUAAAUCAAAAUUUUCAGGCAGGCAAACUGGCUGCAUUUCAUAAAGGAUGUUUUAAGUGGUUUUUUUUGAACAAAAAAGGUGAAAGCUUUUCUGAAAAUCAAAGUUUAUUUAAUAAUGUAUAUUUUAAAAUGUGCUGUGACUUACUGUAUUAUUUAUUACCAGUUUACAAUUUAAAUUCAUGCUGAACCUGCAGUUUUUAUAGAUGAUUAACUGUAUCCCAUUCUGUGGGAUACAUUCUGUGUUUGUUUCAAUGGCUGUUUAAAAAACAAACUUCCCAUUUUUCUGCAGAGCUCUGUGUUCUUUUUCUCAAGUGAGUUGCAGUACUGUUACUGCCUGCAAUGCUUUGCCAGGCUGCUAAAGUGGCAGCUUUCAGUUUGCCAAGGGCAGCUCCAUGAGCUUGCUUCCAGGAGGGCACAGCUCCACAGUGGGUGGCACUCUCGGGUCGGUGUCAGGCACCGCUGUGCCACCGGUGCUGUUCUGGGGUCUCGAGCACCUUCAGGACUGCUGGUUCUGCAGAUGUCCCCAGCUGAUUCAUCCCUAUGACUUCCCAGAUGGAGAGAACUCUUAGGUCAGAAAAGCAAAUCUGACAAGUGAACGGAGAGCUGUCCUGAGAGAACUGUGGAGAACUGAAUGUUGGGUGACUCCAGCCCUCUCUAGGAAGUUGCUGUCAAUUUCACGCCUGCAGCUGGUAGUGGCUGGGUGAUGUACAGUAAUUUCUGUGUCAUGUUGUACCACCUGAAACAUGUCCUUUCAUUCAUACUCUUCUGCCUCUGUGUUCGGUCUUGAAUGUAUUUGAAUGUCCUUUCAGUUUAUGGCUUUGUAAAAGUGUAAGUGCAGAAAAAAUUAUCAAAGUGUAUAGAAUGUAUAUGUAUAGAAUUGUAUUUGAAGUUUCUUAAUAAUGUAAAUGCACUGCAACUGCUUAUUAUUGUUAUUUCUUCUAAAAUGCAUUAUCGUUAGAAGUUUACAUGGACAGGAAAGCAACACAAUAUGAUACUUCUAAUAACUUAUUUAUUUGCAAAAAUUAUAAUAUUUUUUUGAUCUAUAGAUUCAGAUAUUUGUUUUAGUGACUGUUAAUACUGUAGCACUGUAGAAAUUAAUCAUCAAUUAAAAGAUGUAUUUUAAA